AUGGAAGGUUUUGUUACAGCGUCAACGAAUCAGGAACAUUUGUGUUUGCAGCGAGGUACGAGUGAGUUGCAGAGGUAUCCCUUUCGACAGUUACAGUAUUCUUCACUGAAUGAACGCUGUACCAUAAUCAAACCCGAAGGUGUCGAAAACGCGAUGAUUCUGCAGUUUCCCUCGCAAUCAGAAAAUGCAGUUUUCCUCACUCAGUUGAAAGAGUUCAACAAAAAUGAGUCGUCGAAAUCCGUUUUCGACAGACGUACUGAAGAAUCAUCAGCUGCGCAGUAUUUCCAGUUCUACGCCUACUUGUCUCAGCAACAAAACAUGAUGCAGGAUUAUAUCCGAACUGCCACUUACCAGAAGGCGGUCUUAUGCAACCCGAGCGACUUUCAAGAUAAGGUAGUCCUAGACGUUGGAGCCGGUUCCGGAAUACUGUCCUUUUUCGCCGUGCAGGGCGGCGCGAAACGAGUUUAUGCCGUCGAAGCAAGUAGUAUGUCGCAACAUUGUGAGACACUGGUGAAAAGCAACGGUUGCUCUAGUCGUAUAGUGGUCAUUUCCGGUAAAAUAGAAGAGAUCUGUCUUCCUGAAUUGGUCGAUGUCAUCAUAUCAGAGCCAAUGGGUUACAUGCUUGUAAACGAACGUAUGCUAGAGACGUUUUUGCAUGCAAAAAAGUUCCUGAGGCCCGGUGGUAAAAUGUAUCCAUCCCGAGGUGAUUUGCAUUUUGCUCCGUUUUCCGAUGAACAGCUUUACUUGGAGCAGAGCUCGAAGGCGAAUUUUUGGGCCCAAGAGUGCUUUCAUGGUGUGAACCUGGCCGUACUUCGUGAACAGGCACUGAAAGAGUAUUUUCGACAACCGAUCGUGGACACAUUUCACGUCGGCGUACUGUCGGCGACAAGUAAGAAGUGGACCGUAGACUUCGUUACCUCGUCAGAAUCAGAUCUACACCAAAUCGACAUUCCAUUUGACUUCAUUCUCGAACAGGCCGGUUACAUCCAUGGCUUGGCUUUGUGGUUUGACGUCGCUUUUGUGGGCACGAAGUAA